CCAUCUUGCAAUUACUGUACCUCCCCUCGUUGCCGUACCUUUAUGAACGUCCUCAGCUCCUUUUUAAGAUACUUCACUGCAGAGCUUGACCCUGUAGGAGACAGUCUGCUGCCCGAAGAAGCCACCAUGGCAACAACAGGCAAGUACAAAUAUACCGACAUAAUCCUGGAGAUCAAAGCGAAAAUAGGGAUAAUCAGACUCAAUCGACCCAAAUCACUCAAUGCUUUUGGUGGCAAACUGCUGAUUGAGGUGGUUUCCGCCCUGAGAGAGCUGAAUGAACACCCAGACACUGUUUUCACGGUGCUCACCGGUGAAGGGAGGUUUUUCUCCUCCGGUGCCGACGUGAAAGCCGCCGUUGCUGCAGCAGACGUCGAAUAUGCUACGCCAGCUGAAAAGAAGGUAGCGUUCAUGGCUACACAUGCAACGACAGUGGAACUGCUCCGCUCCAUCAUUGACCAUAAAAAAGUCUUUGUUCUCGCCCUUAACGGGCCGGCUGUUGGUGGUGGUGCGGCCUGGUUCGAAGGGGUUGCCGAUAUCAUUCUUGCUGCCGACGAUGCAUACCUGCAAGUGCCAUUUAGUGCUCUCGGCUUGGUCCCCGAGUUCGGAUCCGCCACGUCAUUUUACCAUUCGAUUGGCGCACACCGGGCCAACGAUUUUCUCAUGUUCGGCAGGAAGCUGACAGCGCAAGAACUCGAACAAUGGGGUCUGGUGAAUAGAAUCUUCCCUAAGCAGAACUUCCAGCAGAAGGUGCUUGACUUUCUGGAGGAGCAGCUGGACAUCAAUGAUGGCAAGAGCAUGAUGGAGGCCAAGAGACUGCAGAAUCUACCUCUCAGGAGGGAUCGGAUGCUUGCGGUGUACGACGCCGCCGAAGCUUUGGCAGAACGAAUCGUCGAGGAUGCCCAGAAGAAAAGAUUUCAGGAGAGAAAUCGUUCGUUGAAUUCGAAAGGAAAAGGCACUGCGAAAUUGUGAGAACGUGAAGAGUAGUCACUUCUUCCAUGGAAGGAGUAAAUUAUCAUGUCCAUAGUCCGUCAAUAUGGCUGUCGACACACCUUGACAGAUUCUGCAGCGUUGUAUGAGCUCUGCCUACCGUUAUCACACGAUCUACCCUAGACUCUACUACUAUGGUUCAUAUCGGUAGUCCUUGUACGAGUAAUCGUUCUGUCUCAGCCUUGUCAGCCGAACUGACGAGGCUGAGACGUCAAGUUGAAAUGCAAUGCCGAGGUCCAACCACA